AUCUAGGCACGCCACAUUUGACGCUAAAAUCCAAACCAAUUGCAUAUUGCCACUCUCUAGGGUUUUCCUCUCUGCUCAUCUCUUUUCCGCACCGGCACACACUGAACGGGUGUGGAAAGCAGCGCGCGAAAAGAUGAAGACGAUACUCUCAUCGGAAACUAUGGAUCUCCCUGACGGAGUGAAUAUUAAGGUGAAAGCGAAGGUGAUCGAGGUGGAGGGUCCUAGGGGUAAGUUGACCCGAGAUUUUAAGCAUUUGAAUCUGGAUUUUCAGCUAAUCACAGAUGAGGAGACCGGGAAACGGAAGCUAAAGGUCGACGCCUGGUUCGGGUCCAGAAAGACCACCGCUGCCAUCCGCACAGCUCUCAGCCACGUCAACAAUCUCAUCACCGGUGUUACUAAGGGAUACCGCUAUAAGAUGCGGUUUGUGUAUGCUCACUUUCCGAUCAAUGCUUCCAUCUCUAAUGGAAGCAAGUCUAUUGAGAUCCGUAACUUCCUGGGCGAGAAGAAGGUUAGGAAGGUGGAAAUGCUUGAUGGUGUCUCUAUUCUCCGAUCUGAGAAAGUUAAGGAUGAAUUGAUCUUAGAUGGGAAUGACAUUGAGCUUGUUUCACGAUCCUGUGCAUUGAUAAACCAGAAAUGCCAUGUGAAGAACAAGGAUAUCCGGAAGUUCCUUGAUGGUAUCUAUGUGAGCGAGAAGGGAACCAUAGUUGAGGAAGAGUGAGUGGCUUUGUUGUUAGAAUGACUUUUGGGGGUUAUUUUUUGUUUGGUUGUUAACCUUGUUUUAGUUUACGUGGAGACUUCCAUAGGACUGAAUCUACAAUUUUGUGGUGAUUUGAGAUUUAAAUUUGGAACUCUUGGUGUUUCUGCUAAAUGUAAUUUCUUUUGUGUUUGUACACUUGUGAGCUUUUUAUGUUCACGUUCAGUCAUGUGGGGCUAUAUUUAUUGGAUU